UUCAGAACACUGAGCUACCUGCACAUUUUGGGAUGGAAUAACAGCGACAGACAGGCGAGAUGGAUCGAUGGAGGCUAGCUCUCGGGUCCCUCCACCUCCUCGGAAAAGAGCCAGGCCUACGCCCAUGGAUGAGGAGAGGAGUGCUCCUGCCAUCUCCCCAGAACCGCCAGAUGAUGGGGACCCGUGUCCAGCAGCGCCCUUGACCAGUUUACAUGUUAAUGCCAACAUCGAGAUUGAAAAUAGCACCUUGAGCCCAGCGACAAGUCGUGAUGUGGCCAAUAUCUACACUGAGCCCCUCAUAUUGAGGUCAGAUGUCAUCCCGGAGAGGACACAAGGUAACGACGGAGGCAAAUGCAAAAGCAGCCUCUCGCACACGGAGCUACCGACACCCAGCAGGAGUAUCACAUGUCAACCGGCAGCCAGAUCCGCACCCAUCCACCCCACCCAGCCUUGUCGGACGCAACCCAGCAGCCAACUACGCAACGGAACCAAACAUCAUGCACACACACACUCCCCUCACUGUCCACAUCCCACGCCUCACACACACUCGCUCCAGUCUGGCGGCGACAGGAAUGGGGGCCCUCAUCCAAAACUGGGCUCCCUCCCAAGAGGAGGCUCAUCCACCUCCUCCUCCUCCUCGGCAGGGCCCAGGAACAGCAAGAAGUUGCAGUCUAACCCCUCGAUCACCUCCCAGAGCAGCAAGAGGAGCAAAGGAAGCUCCAAAAGUAGCUCCAAGAGCAACAGCUCUCAGAUUCCCACGGAGGCACAGGAUGACUGCUGCGUUCACUGCAUCCUGGCCUGCCUCUUUUGUGAAUUCCUAACGCUGUGCAACAUCGUGCUGGACUGCGCCACCUGCGGCUCGUGCGCCGGCGCCGGCUCGUGUUUCUGUUUGGCCAAGCUAGCUGUAGAGCAGGUACUGCUGAACAUCUAA